UCAGAGUGCAACUUUACAUCAUGUGUGCGCAUCAGAGUGCCCCUUUACAUCAGGUAUCCCCAUCACAGUGCCACCUUACACCAGGCAUUCCCGUCAAAGUGCCCCCUUACACUCAAAGUACCCCUUUCCAUCAUAUUUCCCCAUCAGAGUGCCCCUUUUCAUCAUAUUUCUCCAUCAGAGUGCCCCUUUACAUCAUAUUUCCCCAUCAGAGUGCCCCUUUACAUCAUAUGUGUCAAUCAGAGUGCCCCUUUCCACACAUAACAUGUGCCCAUCCGAGUGCCUCCUGAACAUAAAAGAUGCCUGUCAGAGUGGCCCUUAACA